GUCUGAGCCGCGGGAGCCGCGCGGGAAGGAGCCGCCACAGCGCCGGGGCGCGCCUUCCUCCACCUCCACCUCCUCCUGUCCCCCCUGCUCCUCCUCUCCGGCCUCGCCGCAGCCCCCUCCUCCCCACCCCGUGCCCCGCUCCUCCCGCCACUGCCAGCUCUAAGAUGCCCCGCUAUGAACUGGCUUUGAUCCUGAAAGCCAUGCAGAGGCCUGAGACAGCUGCCGUGCUCAAACGCACCGUGGAGGCUCUGAUGGAGAGAGGAGCCAUCGUGAGGAACCUGGAGAAUCUGGGGGAGAGGUCUCUGCCCUACAAAAUCUCCAAGCACAAGGAGCGCCACAAGAGAGGAGGGUAUUUUCUGAUAGACUUGGAGGCCCCCCCUUCCCUGGUGUCCCCCAUGAUGGAUCAUUUGGGACGGGACAUUGAUGUCAUCAGGAGAGCUUUUAUCAAACACCCCGUGGCCAAGGCAGAAGAAUGCAGUGGCAUCCUCCCAGUCAGCCCUGAGGAGAAACUCUCUGCCAAGAAAAACUGAAAAUCCCAAAUGGUUGAAACCUUUUUUAACCCAUUUUUUAUUGCUGCUGUGGCAAAGAUUUAUGAUAACUCCAUCACAAAAAAAAAAAAUCACUUUUGGCCAUGGGAUGUGUGUGGUCUGUCACAGGAUCUUCAUUACUGUAACAAUGGAGGUUUCUUUUUGUUUAGAAUAAUUGGGAUAGUUUUAAUCUGGGUGCUUAUCUUGCUGUUUGACAACUCUGCAAAUUGAUUUGCUUUUCUCUCGGAGCAUUACAUUGAUAAUGAAGAUUUCUCCAGCAGCAGGAUGCUAUAAAUAGCAUUUUUUUUUCCAGAGAUUACUCCAGAAUAUGGAUAUUUACAGGAGAGAUUAAGAAGUCUGCAGUGUAAAUAUAGAAAUCUAGGAUGUGAUUUGGUGAGGGUUUGUUUGGGGGAAAAAAAAGGCAAUAAAAGUGUGGUUAAAAGCAAAA